AUGGGUCAGUAUCUUGGUGAUUACAAGAAGGAGUUUGCUAGAAUAUAUGAUUAUGCUGACCAGUUGAGGUAUACAAAUCCUGGCAGCACUGUUGUUGUGAAGACCUCCAAGGAGACAAUACCUGGUAAGGAGGUGUUUGUGGGUAUCUAUAUUUGUCUACAUGCUUGCAAAGUUGGUUGGUUGGAAGGGUGUAGAAAUGUUAUUGGCUUUGAUGGAGCAUUUCUGAAGGGUGUGUGUAAGGGUGAGCUACUAUCAUGCAUUGCUAAAGAUGGUAACAACCAAAUGUACCCUGUUGCCUGGGCAGUGGUGGAAAAGGAGACAAAGCACACAUGGUCAUGGUUUUUUAGGUGCCUGAUGCAUGAUCUGCAGCUCACUGAAUCCCAAGGUGAGGGGCUGACCAUCAUUUCUGAUAUGCAGAAGGGACUUGUUGCAUCUGUUUCUGAGUUGUUACCAAAUGCUGAGCACAGAAUGUGUGCAAGACACAUAUGGAGCAACUGGAAACAAAAGUGGAAAGGAGAGGAAAGAAGGAAGAAGUUUUGGGCCUGUGCAAGGGCUUCAUUUGAAGCAUAUUUGAAGGCUAAGAUAGAUGAGCUGGCAGAAUUAGGUGAUAGUAAGAUCAUUGAGGAUUUGCUGAGAUACCCAAAACAAUGUUGGUGUAGAGCAUUCUUCAAAGAUUGGAGUAAAUGUGAUUCUGUGGAGAACAACAUGUGUGAGACGUUUAACAGUUGGAUCUUGUCUGCUAGGCACAAGUCUAUCAUAACCAUGUUAGAAGAGAUUAAAGUGAAGGUGAUAGAGCGGAUGAUUACCAUGAGAGAAUUUGCAACAAGGUGCAUUUCUGAUGUAUCUCUUAUGGCAAUGGGUUACAUAGAGGAAGCUGUUAAGCAUGAAUUUAAAUGGAAUGGGGAUACUGGGUAUGAGAUACAACAUGGGAUUUACAAACAUAUUGUUGACUUCUCCAACAAUACGUGCACAUGUAGAUCAUGGCAGCUCAAAGGAAUACCAUGCUCCCAUGCAAUAUGUGCAAUGUUUUUUAAGAGAUUUGAGCCUGCUAACUAUGUAACCCACUGGUACAGGAAAGAAACAUACCUGAAGGCUUUUAGUUGUUACAUACAACCAGUAACCAACAUGGAGAUGCGGCCAUCAACACAGAAUCCAACUGUUGAGCCUCCUAUAAUUACCAAGAUGCCUGGUAGACCUAAGAAAAAUAAAAAAAAUAACUCAAGAUGA